UAAUAUUCUGAUUUCUGAUUCUGACUUAACAUUAUGGAAUAAUGAUGAAUUUUGCUGUUAGUGAUGUCUGCUGACUUUCCGUCAUAGCCACUAAUAGUGAUGAUUGAAGAAUGUUGUCGAUGUUGAACUUUGUGUCAUGUAUCAUUGGAAACGUCAUCUGACAGUGCUGCUUGCUAUUUGUGUUAAAUUAUUGCAACUCGUAUAAAUAUUAUGUUUUAUAUGUUGCUUGUGAUUGAUCAGUUUUGUAAGGAUUGAAAUUGGUUUUUAUUUAUGUUUUAAAGUAGAAUAGGUACCAAAAUUGCCAGCAAAAUUAUUUACCAUCGCCCACAUUAGUUUUAUUACUGAAUCUAGUUAUUUCAUUUGUAUUAAACCAUUAAGCAUUUGCACAUUCAUUGGAUUUUAAUUACCUAGGAUAUGAUAUGGAGAAAACUCAAGAAACUGACACAACCACACUGAUUUCUGAUAUAAAUGAUAUUACUAUACAUGAUCAAGUAAUUAGUAAAUCUGUUACUGAAAAUGAACCUGUACCAAGUACUUCAGAACAGGGAAGUUCUUAUGAAAUUUUAUUUGAUCAACUUAAAGAAAAAAAUAAACAUAUAUUUGUUUUGAGUACAGCUGGUAAACCUAUAUACACACGGUUUGGAAAUGAAAAUCAAAUGGCCUCCCUUUUUGGUUUAAUGAUAGCAUUAGUGUCAGUGACUCAAGAUUCAAAUGACACGUUACAGUCGAUUUGUUGCGGUCAGACUCGAAUAGUGUUUUUAAAUAAAGAUCCUCUUAUACUGGUCGGUGUUUCCCAAUCUUCUGAGCCUUAUGACCAAAUUAAAAAACAACUAACAUAUGUGUAUAACAAUAUAAUUAGUACUUUGACUUUAACCCAGUUAAAAAAAAUUUUCCACAAUAGAACUAAUUUUGAUUUGCGGCGAUUAAUGAGCGGAUCUGAAAGAUUAAUAGACAAACUUAUAACGUUUACUGAGAAUGAUCCAGGAUUUUUAUUAGAUUCUAUUAGUUGUCUACAAAUGCCAUCUAGUAGCAGAGAUAAAAUAACACAAACCAUAUUGACACAAUGCAGUAAAAUAAAAAAUUUAGUAUUUGGUUUAUUGAUUGCUCAAAAACAUGUUAUAUCAAUUGUACGUAUGAAAAAAUACUCGCUGCAUGUAUCUGAUAUUCACCUGAUAUUAAACCUAAUUAAUUCAACAGAAUCAUUUAAAACAGCAGAGAGUUGGACACCCAUUUGUUUACCGACAUUUGAUUCUAGUGGUUACAUGCACGCUCAUAUAUCAUAUUUGGCAGAAGAUUGUCAAGCAUGUUUAGUUUUGUUAACAAUUGAUCAUAAUCUUUUUUUUACACUUUCCGAUGCCAAAAGAAAAAUUACAGAAAAAAUGCGUUGCAAUGAUUGUCUCCAUGCAAUUAACGAGGCAAUUAUUCGCCAACCUGUUAGUUUAGCACGGGCAAAUAUUACAGGAUUGCGACAUCUUUUGUACAAAAACAAAAACCGCUCACAACACUGGUGCCCUCCAUUUACAUCUCCAUAUAAUACCAACGAUUUACAACAAAACCUCAUGUCUGUUUAUUGUUCAUUAAUCAGCCAAAUUAAUUUCCCAGGGCGUACAUUAAAAGUGAUUUUUCAACAACUAACAGCUGAAACUAUGCUCGCUUGGGCAACUGAAGAUGUUGAACUAUAUAUGAGUUUUGAACCAUUAGUUUCUAAAGAAUGUGCAACAAAUGCAGUAACUAAAUUAACACAAUGGAUGAAAAAAGAAGAGGAUUCAUUGUUUAUAUUUAAUAUUCCCAUGUUUUAAUAUUAGUCAUUGUAUGAAAUUGAAUCCAGAAUUUGUGAUAAUAUCAAUAUAUUAAUAAAUAAUAGGUACCUAUCUUAAAUUAUUCUUAAGAAUUUUAAAUAAUAAUUAU